GUGAGGUUGGAUGCGUCAAUGAUUCCACAUAGAAACAACAUUUCUCAUUGGAUUAAUUGAAAAAGUCCAACUUGUGGUAAAAGAAAAUUAUUUUAUUCAGAAUUUGAGCUUAUCCAUCUCCAAAAAACUCUACUUACAUGUUCUAGGUUAGUUUCAAUAUUUGGAAAACUUGAAAUUCAACCAUUGUGUGCUUCGUGGAUCCCACAAAGAAACAAAUUUCUCAUUGGAGUUGUAAAAUAAUCCAGCUUGAAGUUGCAAUGUUUAUUUUAUUUGGAUUUGGAGCUUGUUGAUCGACAGAAGCUAUCUGACAAAUUGAAAGGCAGCUGAACACUAGCUUUGUCUUAAUAGUUGCAUUGGGAACUCAGCUUUGUUAAAGAGUUGUAGAUAUAUGUGUGUUUAGAGGGAGCUACUGGGAGCUUUGUUGGGAGAUGGAGCCACAAGUAAUGAAGCUGCAGCUGAGAGAUUCUCUUCCGGUGCCUUGCGUUCAAGAGUUGGUCAAAAGCUCGCCGUCGACAGUUCCCCAUCGAUAUAUUCGCCCCGACCAAGAUCCUCCUUUUGAGUUCACAGACACUUCGACUCAAGUCCCUGUUAUUGACAUGCACAAGUUGCUGUCCUCCAACAAUUGUGAGGAUCCUGAACUUGCUAAGUUCCAUCAUGCUUGCAAAGAUUGGGGUUUCUUCCAGCUGAUAAAUCAUGGAGUGAGUGAUGUAUUGGUGGAGAGUAUGAAAUCAGGCAUUCAAGCACUCUUUAAUCUUCCAAUGGAAGAGAAGAGCAAGCUGUGGCAAAGACCAGGAGAUGUUGAAGGAUUUGGACAGAGCUUUGUUGUCUCUGAGGAGCAGAAGCUUAAUUGGGGAGAUCUCUUUGGACUUUUUAUGCUCCCCACUUACUUAAGGAAACCUCACUUGUUCCCCAACCUCCCUCUUCCAUUCAGAGAUGAUUUGGAUGCUUAUGCACUGGAGAUGAAAAAUCUAGCCAUGAAACUGCUUGAAUUAAUGGCGAAGGCACUGAAAAUGGAGAUUUGCGAGAUGAGAGAGGUGUUUGAAGAAGGAAUGAUGUCAACAAGAAUGAACUACUAUCCUCCAUGUCCUCAACCUGAACUUGUCAUUGGACUCAAUAACCAUUCUGAUGCAUCUGCCAUUACCAUUCUUCUUCAAGUCAAUGAAAUGGAAGGCCUCCAGAUAAGAAAGGAUGGGAGGUGGGUUCCUGUUAAGCCUCUCCCAAACGCCUUUGUUGUCAAUAUUGGAGACGUUAUGGAGAUUAUCACGAAUGGAACGUAUCGUAGCAUCGAGCAUCGUGCAACGGUGAACUCAGCGAAGGAGAGGCUCUCAGUGGCCAUGUUUUACAGCCCAAGAUUGGAUGGGGAGAUAGGUCCUGCCCCAAGCUUGGUCACUCCAGAAAGACCUGCCUUGUUUAAAACAAUUGGAGUCACAGAUUUCCUCAAAGGAUUCUUCACCAGGGAACUGAAUGGGAAGUCAUAUCUUGAUGUCAUGAGAAUCCAAAAGGAAUAGAUAUAAUCAAAACGGCUGCUUUGUUGUUGAUUUCUGAAACUUCAUAUAAUAGCUCUGCUUGGAAUAUAUUGCUACAAGAUGUUGUAUUGUUUUAAUACUGUUCUGAACAAAUCUGAGCGGGGAAGUGGUGGCGAUCCGAUGAAUACCCAGUUCAGAUUUUGAAGUAAAUGCAAGGGGGUGAGUGGGGUCUUCACUUUUUCCUGUUUUAUCAAAAUCAAUUCAAGAUUUGAAGAAAGUUGAAGUGGGAUUCUUCCGUUUUGAUCAAAAAGCAAACCCCAUUACAAAAUUGGAGAAGAAUCAAAGUGUAUAAGGUUGGUAUUUUACCUGUUUUGAUCCAAACUCAGUUCAGAUUUUGAAUAAAGAUGAAGUGGGUAAGUGGGUGUUCUACUAUCCUCAUCGAAACCCACUUCACAAUGUGGAACUAA